CGCGGGCUGCCGGCCGAGGAGGGGCAGCGGCUCCCCCGUUCCCCCCGUCCGUGCCGAGCCCCCCGCCCGAGCCCGUAGCGAUGCGCCGGGGGAGGCACCGAGCCGCAGCCGCAGGCAGGCCAGCUCACCUCUCCUGGCCCCGCACCGAUGUAUAAAUGACCUCAAAACGGUACUCGGAGUCUGUGGACCCCAUGAUUUUCAACAAGCUACCUCAUCUGGAGCCCGCCGCCGGCUUCCUGCCCAGCAAAAUCCCAGGCACGUCCAGCCCCGUGCCCCACUCCACCUCUGAAAACCAUUUCAACUACAAGGGCUCCUACUUUGCCUGCCCACUGCAGAGCCCCGAGGGUCCCGAGGAGCCCCUGGCUGGCUGGAGCCCCGUGCCCACCUACCUGCACCACGGCCCCGGCGCCCUGGGCCAGCCUGUGCCGGCCGAGGAGCCGCUGCUGGGCUUCCUGCUGCACCCACCUGAGAGCCUGGGUGCCAGGCCUCAGCCCCCAGACACUCAGAAUAGCAAGGACAGUCCGAGCCAGAAGCAGCUGAUGCCCAGGAAGAAGCUGGACAGACCCAGGUGCCCCUUGCCGUUGAAGAAGCCGGUGCUGGUGAAGAAGGCAGCCCCUCUAGCAGUCCCCACGCCAGUGUACAGAGCCCCCGCCUCCUUCCUGGCUCCCAGGAUGGCUCUGCUGCUGGGAACACAAGCACAGAGCCUGCAGCAGCGACCAGGGGAGGCAAACUGGGCCCUGCCCCCUGCCACCCACCCUCUGCACCCCAGCGAGCCCCACAAGACUGGUUCCUGCUCCGACCACAGCCUCCCGCCGCUGCCAUCCAGCCUGGCCCUGCCUUCCAAGGAGCAGCUGGGCUCCCCCAUUGCCUUACCCCGCUGCUGUGUCACCUUUGAUAAGUACAGGCCACCCCCCAGCAGCCCAUUCCUGGAAGCAAGUUGUCCCACUCCCCAGAGCCAGAAGAAGGUGCUGGAGGUCCCCAGCCUCAGCCUGGACCCCUGGCCCAAGUUCCAGCCACCUGACACCAGCCCAGUGACCCGGGAGAGGUCAGCAAUGUGCUACCCACCCUCCCCCUACCCACUGUCACCUCACAGACCUGGUCCCCUCUACCACCCCCCAGCUCCCACUGUGGGGGAGCCCAGUGCCCUGCCCGCCUUUGGCUACGUGGGAAGCCGGGAGCCCUUCCCCGGCACCUACCUCAAGCCCCAAGCUCCCAGGAGUUACUUUCCCAGCCCCUUGGAGCCCUACGUGCCGAGGACAGCGGGUGCCAGGCUGGGGGUGAUGCUGAGGGAUGCUGAGCCACCCAGGGAUGCCGAGCUGCCCAGGAACACGGGGUACCCGGGGUUUGCAGUCAGCCUGGGCAAUGUGUCCAUGUUCCAUGCCUCCUUUCCCGGCACGGAGCUGGGGUGUGAGCAGCACGGGGCGGACGGUCCGCAGUGGCGCGCAGCACCGAGGCACGGCAGCGCUUUCCAACCUGUCUGCAGCUCAGAGAAGCUUUCUGGGGGCUCUGGUGGGCUUGCUGAGACAUUUUGUGAGAGAGGAGGCAGCUGGGACAAACCCAGGCAAGGAGAGGAGGAGCCUCUGUGCCCAGGGGGGAGGAACAGCAGCCCAGCCCCUCAGGACAUCCUCCAUGGUGGACCAGGGGAAGGAAGUGGCUGCGAGGUCAAGGAUCCAGCCAAGGAGCUCAUCUGUCCUCCAUCUAUGACCCCCACCAAGGGGCUGGAAGACCUGAGGGACACCAAGGCUUUGUCAUCCUCCCCACCCAUGCCUGUGAUUCACAGCGUCUUCAGCCUGGCGCCAUACCAGGAGUACCUGCAGAGGGCCAAGGACUCAGACCCUGUCCUGUUCUGCAGGAAGCAUCUGUGGCAGCACUCCUCACCCCAAAACACGGAUGGCAGCCAGGAGCCUGCUGCCCUCAGAGAUGUCUCGGUGGUGUCCAGCUUGAGGUUGGGCAGUCUUGCAAUGCAGAGCCAAGGGGAGAGCCGUUACACAAACAUCCCUAAAAUGUCAAAUCCUGUGCCCCAAGACCUGGAGUCUCAGGAGGGCAGCCCUGACGAGGUGGGCACUGAGGAGCUACCCCCUGAGGACAUGGCGCUGGACCUUAGCUUCAAGAAGAGACUGGUAGGAGCUGGGGACACCCAAAGACCCACAGGGUGUGCGGAGGGGACACUGGACAGAGAGGAUAAGGAGGAGAAAGAAGCUGCAGGGGGGAAGGUGGGGUUAGGAGAGGGUGCACAGCCCCCGGUGCCCGAGGCAGACUCUGGGGGCAGGAGCAACUUCCAGAGCUCGGUCAGCUUCAUGUUCCAAAAAUACAAGCGCCUGCCAUCCCUCCCACCCAACCCUGAGCCCCCCAGGCAGGAUGGCAGCCCCCACGCCCCCCAGCCUGGCCCCCCCAGCAGCACCCCCACGCUGGCUCACCCAGCCUCCUCUCCAUCCAGCAACCCCCCAUUCCCACCGCCUGGACCCCAGCUCAGCAUCAUCCUCGGCCCAAACCUUCCCCAGACCCUGCUUCUCAAAGCCCCCUCCACCCCAGUGGCGGAGAGGAUCUCGGUGGUCAAGCAGGUUGGUGGUGUCCCCGUACAGACCCCCUCGCAGUACUUCACCACCCUGCACACCUCGCUCUGUGACACGAUUUCGGGCUCGGUGUCCCGCUCCUCCCCGGAGCUCCUGCGACAGUGGCUGGAGAAGGCUGAGCCGGCAGAAGAGCUGGGAGAGAUGCCCAAAUCCCUGCCCAAGCACAAAAAUGGCUCCAAGGCUCCCAGUGCUCAGAAGCCCAGCAAUGGCAAGGAGAUCUGGCUGGCUUUCCAGGACGUGGCCGUGCUCCUCACCAAACUGCUCUCCCAGCUGGAGGCCUUCAAGUCCUCUUGCCCUUUCCCCUACGUUGUCAGGGCAGGAGCCAUUUUCAUCCCCAUCCAUGUGGUGAAGGAGAAGCUCUUCCCAAAGCUGCCUGGGAGCUUUGUGGACCAAGUGCUGCAGAAGCACAAGGUGGAGCUUCGUCCCACCACCCUUUCAGAGGAGAAGCACCUGAGGGACCUGGAGCUGAAGAGCUGCACCUCCCGUAUGCUGAAGCUCCUGGCGCUCAAGCAGCUUCGCGAAAUCUACCCUGACCUGCUCAACCUCCACUGGCACAACUCCAUCCAGCAGCAGCUUGGUUCAAGCUCAGAGACUGACCAACAUCCUUCCAAGUAGAUAGCCCUGGCAUGGAGGUACUGAAAGCUGAUGAUAACGUGACAACCACGGAGAGAUCAAGGAAAAGGAGGCACUGAGGAAUGUCCCAAGGGCAACAGCCAAAUGAUGAGGGGAAUGGGAAGGUCCCGAGUUCCCAGAGCUGUGGAUGCCAAGACCACCCUGCAGGCAGGUGCUCAGCUCCCACCAGCAUCAGGAUCCUCCAGGAUGUUGAUACCUUGCCAGGGGGACCCUCUGGGGAUGCUGCUCAGGGUGGAGAACAGCUCAUUGGUGCUCCAGGGACACACUCAGGGAUGCUGGUUGGUUAUGAGCCCCUCACGGCAGCUGGAGCUGCUUUUCUUGGAAUGGAUCACCUUUUAGCACAUCUCCUGCCUCUCUCCAUGACUGCCCUGGUGAGCUGAGAGGGGAUGGCUGGAGCUGCAGUGGAGCUGGAGCAAGAGGAGCAUGGAAAUGGCCACAGCACCGUCUCCAGCCUUGGAAAAAGGGACUGCAGAGAUGACAUCCCACCUCCUCCUCUGUCCUCUGAAUCCCCCUUCCUGCUUUAUGCAUGCCAUUCCCAAUAAACAUCCCCUUCCUCUUGGAUUUUCACCUUUAAAUUGCCACAGAGUUCUGGCACGACAGCAAGGGCAAGGGAAUUGUGACUUCCAUAGUCCCAGGACUAAGCUUUUGUUGUUAUAAAUGAAGACAUUUUACAAAUGUUCUGGAUUUACCUUUAUAAGGAACUGCU